AAAAAAUAGUACUAACAUCAACCAUUCAUUAUUUAAUGAAGACAAUGUCCCGAUGCACACAUGUGGUCAACUUAAUGUUUAUUGCAAAUUUUGCAUGGCAAAGCAUUUUCCAGAGGAACAACCAAGCGAUAAGCUUUUUAAUAAAUGCUGCAAUAAAGGAAAAAUAACAUUACCUCAUAUACAAAUUUCACCACUGAUCCAACAACUAAUGACUGGACAACACACACAUUCAAAGAAUUUUAUGCAAAAUAUCCGUUCUAUAAAUAGUGCAUUGGCGUUUGCAUCAAUGGGAGCAAACAUUGCACCACCUCCAGGAUAUGGCCCAUACUGUUUUAGAAUAAAUGGCCAAAUUUAUCACCGAUCUGGUGCUUUGCAUCCAGAAAAUGAUGAUCAACGCAAAUUUGCACAACUCUACAUUUUGAGUCCUGAGGAAGCUGCGGACCAACGAGCAGCACUAAAAGAAAAUUCAGGAUGUCACAUUGAACUUUUGAGGGAGUUAAGUUCAUAUAUGUCUCAGUAUAACCCUUUUGCAAAAGCAUGUAAAAUGCUCUAUGAGGUAGAGCAAGAAUGCAUCCAUGAAGCAUCUUUAAAUGGAGUUCAAAAUUCUAAAGUUUCAAUGGUAAUUCUGCAGGACAGAACAUCAGAUUACCGAAGAUAUAACGUACAAAGAGUUAAUGAGGUUGCUGUUAUUUUCCAAAAUUCUGAUGGUGAACCUCCUCUUGAACGUGACCUUCUUAUUCAUUGCCGAUCUACAGAUCAAACAAAAAAAACUGAAAGAAUAAGUGUUUUAGAUCCUAAUCUUGAACCAUUGCUGUAUCCUUUCCAUAUGGGGACCAAAGUUGGG